UUUCUUACUCCUCCUCGCCCUCGAUAUGCACCCGCCCUACGUUAACCACGUUUCCUCGAUGCGUGAUUGGGGUCGUCUGAAUUGGAGCUGGUGGCACUGCUGCAGCGCAGACGAGGGCUGUGAUGAGGCGACGAGCACAGCUGAAGGGGUCUCAUCCUCAGACAUUGAAUUAGGAUAGAGGGUCAUCUGUGGCGCAAACCGGGUAUCAGGAAAGCCUGUCGUGGGAUUGGCAGAAUUGAUACCAGUUGGUAGGCUGUUCGCCUGCAUCGACUCUGUGUUGGGAGCUGCCUCGUCGGGACGGCUAUGAGGGAAUUAGCAUUGGAGUGACGAGGGGAAACAGGUCUGCUCUACUUUCCCUGUUAGCAUUGACACAGAAUUAGGUUAGCUCGGUACGGCUGGAGAAUUAUGGGCGCGUACGCUGAUUCCUGGGCAUGCUCAAUCUCUCACGUCCAGACAAUUUCACGCAAUGCACUGACACCAACAUGUAGCAAGGUUCGGACCUGGAAGAUUAGCAAUGCUGUUAAAGUGUCUCAUCGCCGUAGGUCAUUAAUAGGUUUGGGAUUAAUCCAGAAGGAUGUGCCAUAUUUUCAAGCACCAAUUUCAGGUUUUCCGUCAGAUGGACCGCAUUGCUCAUGUGGAUUUAAUUUGAGUUGUAGCACCGCGAAGAAUUGUUUCGUGAAGCGGACGGCCAGGCUUGGGUCACUUCCCAAACAUAAAUUGUUCGGUUUGAAUUCGCGGAUUAAUCAGAAAGUCCACAAGGAGGAUGCGAGGAGUCAUAGCAGUACUGUCAAGGUGAAUGCACAGAAACUAGCAGCAGCCGAAGAGACAGCCUCUUCAUACUUUCUUGAAGACUUUGACUUGGAUACCGACGACAAGCCUCAGAAAAGAUCGAACAAAAGAGGCAAUAGUUCGGGUGCAUCAAGUGUGUCGUCUGGAGUUAGGCUUGAGAACAUUAGCAAGACUUUCAAGGGUGCGCAGAUUCUGAAAGAUUGUAGCUGGGAAGUGAAAAAAGGGGAGAGGGUGGGGCUUGUGGGCGUCAAUGGCGCUGGAAAAACCACGCAGCUUAGGAUUAUCGCAGGCAAAGAGGAGGCAGAUGGUGGCUCAGUAAUCAAAGCAUCACCGAACAUGAAAAUCGCAUUCUUGUCUCAGGAGUUCGAGGUGGUGGGCAGCAGGACCUUGAGAGAGGAGUUCAUGAGUGUGUUUAAUAAACAAAUGGAAAUUUCAGCUCGCAUUGAAAAAGUUCAGGUUGGACUUGAGAGCGCGACUGAUGAUAUGGAUCUCAUGGCACGCUUAUUAGAUGAGCUGGACAACUUACAAAAGCAAGCAGAGUUGACAGAUCUGUACAAUGUGGAUGUGAAUAUCAACAAGAUGAUGCCUGAAUUAGGUUUUACCAUGGAGGAUGCUGACAAACUUGUCGCAUCAUUCAGUGGUGGUUGGCAAAUGCGUAUCGCACUUGGAAAAAUCCUUCUCCAGGAACCCGACUUGUUACUGCUUGAUGAGCCCACAAAUCAUCUUGACCUUGACAGCAUAGAGUGGCUAGAAGGUUACCUGAAGAAGCAAGACGUACCUAUGGUUAUUGUAUCACAUGACAGAGCAACGCUGGAUCAACUCUGUACGAAAAUUGUGGAAACUGAUAUGGGUGUGUCAAAAACAUUUGAAGGUAACUACAGCGAAUACGUAACCGCAAAGGCAGCGUGGAUUGAAGCUCAGCGCAUGGCUUUCGAGAAACAGCAGAAAGAGAUAUCUCGAACAGAAGAUUUGAUUCAAAGACUAAGUGGUGGAGCUAAUUCCGGUCGAGCUUCAGCAGCUGAGAAGCAACUUGAGAAAAUGCAAGAAGUUGGAAACAUAGUUGAAAAGCCAUUUGAACGCAAGGCUCUGAAGUUCAGAUUUCCUGAGCUCGAACGAAGUGGGAAGAAAGUUUUGGAAGUACGAAAUUUGAAUUUUCAAUAUGAGGGGAAGGUUUUGUUUAACAAUGCGAACCUUCUUGUAGAACGAGGAGAAAAGUUGGCCAUCAUUGGACCAAACGGAUGUGGCAAGUCAACUUUGCUGCGUAUGAUUAUGGGGAUGGAGGAACCCACUUCAGGUGAAGUUGCACUUGGAGAACAUCGCGUUGUAUUAAACUACUUCGAGCAGAACCAGGCAGAGGCGCUGGAUCUGGAAAAAACCGUCCUUCAGACUGUGGAACAGGCAGCGGAGGAUUGGACAAUUAAUGACAUAAAGGCUCUCUUGGGUCGGUGUAACUUUAAGGCAGACAUGGUUCAUCGGAAAGUUGCGUUUCUUAGUGGCGGUGAGAAGGCUCGACUAGCAUUGUGCAAGUUCAUGGUGACGCCAUCGACGCUGCUGAUUUUGGACGAACCUACAAAUCAUCUUGAUAUUCCAUCGAAGGAAAUGUUAGAGGAAGCUCUGAGGGAGUAUAGCGGGACUGUGAUAGCAGUAUCUCAUGAUCGUUACUUUCUGCGGCAAAUUGUGAACCGAGUUGUUGAAGUCAAGGGCCAGAAGCUAAACGAUUAUGUUGGGGACUAUAACUAUUACUUGGAGAAUAACUUGGAGGCUCGUCGAAGGGAACUAGAACGGGAGAAGGAGCUGGAAACCCUAGCUCCUACUGUAAAGGCCAAAUCUAAGAUGAGCAAGGCUGAAAAGGAGCUACAAAAGAAGCAGAAGGCCAAAUCAUUUCAACAAAGCAAAGCUAAGGCCAAAGUUUCUAAGAAUGCCAAGCGGUGGAACUAGAUUUCAUCGGUCGAACAUUAGCAUGUUUUGCACAAGUGUAGUCUUAGGCGUCUAGGGUAAAUAUCCUGAAUUAUUGCCUCCUGCUCCUCAAAGCAAAGGAUUGUUAUAGUUUCAAUAUUUGUACAGGUCCCUUGUACUAGGGAACAUUCUUCUGUCACAUGGGUCUUUUCAGAAUAUGGUGGCGUGUCCUUGUGCUAUCCUUCAAACUAUUAGUUAAACCAAAUUCAUUUUUUAUUUCUAAUAAAUUUUCAAAAAAUUCCUUUGUCACUUCAAACAGUGGCAAUUCCUAC